AUGCAUGAUUUUAUCCAUGAUCUAGCACAAUCAAUAACAAAGGAUAGAUACUUUGCAGUAGAGAAUGUUUGCGAAGGAAUCCAUCAUGUAUAUUGGCCAUCUUCUUUGAAUGAAAUUGAGAUGCUGGUUAAAGUUAAGGGCAUGAGGACAUUAUUUUUUGAAAGUUUUCCUGAGAGUGAGUGCUUUAAGGUGGAGGAAAUGCCAAAACUCCUGCAAUCUUCAUUGUCAUUUCCAAGGCUGACUGCUUCCGAUGAUGUGCUAGCUUUACUGGAAGUUACAGAAGAAUCUAUCUUGCUUGAUAAUAGUUGCUUCAUUAUAGUGAAAUAUUCUUCUUCUGUUUUAGCUUGGGCAAGUAGAGCGCUUGCAUGUAGUUUGCCUGAAGUCCUUGAAGAAACGCAUUGGGGUUUAAACAGUCCCUUGCCUAGUUUGAUGUACUUGAGCCUAUCCAACAAUCAUUUAGUUGGUUCAAUAUCUGAAGUGCAUUUCUCAAAGCUUAAUAAAUUGAAGUUCUUGGGAUUGAGCUCUAAUUCAUUCUUUUCCAAUCUAAAAAAUCCUUUGACUGUAGUUCCCUUUGCAGAUGUUGAUUUGAGCUCCAACUUUCUAGAAGGACCAACUCCCCUUUCCAGUUUUGAGAUUGAGUUGCUAGAACUCUCCAACUAUCGUUUUUGUGGUCCUAUUCCGAAAAAACUUGCUCAAUCCAUGCCAAACUUGGUCUUCCUCUCUCUUUCAGUAAUGACUUAUCGUAGCAUUCCUUCAAGCAUUGGGAAUUGCUCUUUCCUAAAUGCAAUGGAUCUUAGCUUCAAAAAUUUGUCCGGGCAGAUUCCAUUGUCUUUUAGUCGGUUAAAUCAGCUCAGGUCACUUCAUCUGAGCAAUAAUAAACUUACAGGAAGCCUUCCAUCAUCUUUUCAAAAUUUAUCAAACUUGGAGACUUUGGAUCUUGGUAACAACAGAUUAUCGUGUGAAAUUCCACCAUGGAUUGGAAGUGGUUUUGCAGACCUUAGAAUUUUGAGCUUAAGGUCAAAUGCAUUUUUUAGUGAAAUUCCUUCCACUCUGUCAAAUUUAAGCUCACUGCAGGUCCUUGACCUUGCUAAAAACAAUUUGGCUGGAAGCAUUCCAGUCACUUUUGGAGAUUUUAAAGCCAUGUCUCUAGAACAGUACAUAAAUGAAUAUCUACCAUAUGGGAAAUACAGAGGCGUUUACUAUGAAGAAAGCUUGAUUGUGAAUAUAAAAGGUGGGGCUCAGAAGUAUACAAAAACUCUUUCCUUGGUCACUAGUAGAGACCUUGCCAGCAACAACUUACAUGGAGAGUUUCCUAAAGAAAUCACAAAAUUGGUGGGCUUAGUGGCUUUGAACUUGUCAAAGAACCAAGUCAUCGGUUACUUGAAUUUGUCCGACAAUAACUUCUCAGGCAUGAUCCCUUAUAUGGGGCAUGUGACAACUUUUGAUGCAUCAUCUUUUGAUGGGAACUCUGGUCUUCGUGGAGCUCCACUAGUCCUCAAAUGCCCUGGUAAUGAUUCAAAUGGAGGAGGAGGUUCCAUUGUAGAAGACAGUAGUGAUGGUUUCAGUGACAUGUGGUUUUACUUGAGCAUUGGCUUGGGAUUUGCAGUAGGUAUUUUAGUUCCUUUUCUGAUUUUUUCUAUCAGAAAACCUUGGAGCCAUGCCUACUUCUUGCUUGUGGACAAAACUGUUGAUAGACUACUAUAUUUGGCCUGCAAAACUGCUACUCGUUUCAGGAAUCGUUGCAAUUUCCAAGCCUAA